AUGCGAGGUGAUAAAAGUCAUCGAUUCAGCGAUCUCUUGCAUUUACACAAAGAGGUAAAGAGAGAUUUGAGUGACGCACAACUUUAUCCCGAACUACAGAAGGAUGCUGAAUUACGUAGGAAUAAUGAUUUAAGCGAAGAGGAAAAACAUUUCCUUCAAGCACGCAAAGAAAUGAUUGUCUCUUCGGGUGCUUUGCAUCGGUUCUUACUCCUCGAUGAAGAUGAAAAAGUACAUCCGGAUGAUGUACCAGUCAUUGCCCUUGGAGGAUCUGGAGGUGGUUAUCGUGCUUCCAUUGAUGCAGUAGCAAGAAGCGCAAACGGAAUCUAUUUCCAAUUGGCUCCCAUCUUACAAAAGAUUCGAGUCGGUCAUCUUCAUCCAGGGCCUUUGGAUUUAUACGGCACUUUGAUUACCAGUCAUAUCUUCUUUCAACCUCCCGUAUUGAAAGAUCAUUCUACAGAUGACAACAAGGACGAAAGAGGCACCCAUAUAGCUCUUCAAAGAGAUUGGUUCCGAUUCUCAUUAACGUAUAAUACCAACAAAUUACAUGAUGGCCUGCAACCUCUUCCAAUCUUAACAGCUGUUCGACAUGAAAGGCCUUGGCGGGAUUGGAAAUCACCUGAAGAAGCAUUCUCGCACAGUAAUCAUGUGUCAUCGGAACACAAAGAUGCACAUGCAUGGUGGCAAUGGUUCGAAUUUUCUUCGAUUGAAUUUGGUAGUGAUGAAUUAGAAGGUUGGAUUCCAACUUGGUCAUUCGGUAGACACUUUGAAGCAGGUAAAAAUACACAAAGAUUACCCGAAAGAAGUCUCAGUCUGAUUCUGGGAUUGUGCACUUCUGCACCCGCUGGUCCCUUGGCUGCUUGGCUGGCAACGCUGUAUAGAAAUUUACCCAAAGGUUUCUUAGGAACAAAGAUCAAACAUGCAGCUGAUGACUGGGUAGAGAAACAUCCAAAAGAAGCUGAAAGAUUACAAAGUCAUCAUCCAAUCCACAGUCAAAAUGAACCAAACCCUUUCUUCCACGCAGAAAAGCAAGAGAAUCGUGGUCAAGGAUUUGAGAAUAGUCCUCGAAUUCAUUUGGUGGAUGCAGGAAUGAGUAAUAAUUUACCGCAGCAUUCCUUCUUUAGGCCUGGUCGCGAUGUUGAUCUGAUGUUAUUAGGAGACUUUUCCAGUGACGUGCAAAGCGGUGCCGCUUUAGAACGAAUUCAAGAAUUUGGAGCUGGAAAAGGUGUGACGAUUAAACCUCGUUUUCCGCUUGAGGACCUCCCACAAUGGCCACAAGAAUUUGUAAAUGAAGAGGAAAAAGGCAAAGAAAAUGGAAAGACGAAAAAUAAACUUCUUUCAUCUGAUGAGAUACAAGAACGCUUCAAAGGAAGAUAUGCACAAAUUCUAGACGUAGAGGUGAUUCCAGAGACAGAUCGAACGGAAGAACAAGGACCGACACAUGUUGACGAAAGUGGAAUUCGAUACAACUCUCGUCAUCAACCACAAGCAAGCCGUGAUACAACGAUGAUUUAUAUGCCACUCUUGCCACAUGCAUGUCAGCCAGACUACGAUCCAAGUACGGCACCUUUCAGCUCUUCCUAUAAUCUCGUUUGGACAGAAGAACAAGUUGGCAUCAUUCGCAAAACGAGUAGAGCUGAUGUAGUAGAAGGCAUUGCAACCAUCCGCAAAGUGGUACGGGAAAUCUAUGAAGCAAAGAAAGCAGCCAGACUAUCAAAGGCCAGUAACCUUCACGAGUGA